AUGGCUCAGCCCCCUCGUGCCCCAGACGAUUUGCUAGCUGGGGGUUUGGGUCCUGGGUCCCUUCGUGUGCCUGAGGACAGCGACCGGCGGAGACAGGCAGAGGUGCCUGUUCAGGAUUAUGAGGCUCAUUUGGCUGCCUGCACUCGCAAGGUUAAUAAGACGGGCUAUUCUCGGUCUUGGGAUUUUCGGUUGAGGCCUUCUUCAGUGCUCUUUACCGGUGUGGUUAGGUCACGAGGCAUGUUCCCACCAGUGCCGUCUCUUGUGCCUGUGAUCACUCCAGUGACGCCAACCGUUGCUGCAGUCACGAAGAUUGCGAUUUCCCGGGUCCGUUUGGACGAUUCUUGGGGUGCUCACCUUGAGAGGAGGCUUAGUGCUGCCAUACAAAAGUGGGUUGCUUUAGUGGUUGAGGAUCCUUUGUCUUUUGACGUCGGUAGGCGGUGUGCUGCUUUCGUGGGAAAUGACGAGGCGAUUUCUCAGGGCCUUCUGCACACUUUUUCCGGCAAAUCGGCAGGUACCUUGCACAGCCGUGCUGGGCCUCUCAUCAGGUUUGUUGCCUGGGCCAAGGCUCGCCAGUGCAAGCCCUUACCCUUCAGCGAGGCGCUUUUGUAUGAUUUUCUGCUUGAAUCCGAGAGCACUUGUGCGCCGUCAUUCGGAAAGGCGUUGAUGUCUGCACUUGCAUUUUGCAAAUUUGUGCUGGGCGUUGAGAAUGUUUCUGAUGUUCUGAGCAGUGGUCGGUUUGGGGGCUUGGCUCGUUCGAUGUUCCUGAACAAAAGGAAGCGACGGCAGAAGCCACCCCUCACCGUUGACAUGGUGAAGGCCCUUGAGAGAUUGGUGAUCUCCGAACGUGAAGGAGAUAUCGACAGGCUGUGUGCGGGGUUCUUCCUCGUUUGUGUUUUCCUUCGAGCAAGGUAUAGCGAUGCCCAAGGUCUGAAGAAUCUUGCAAUCGAUGAGCCUGAAGGUUUUGCUGGCCGCUUGACAGGAUAUUUUCAAGGGGAAGCUUCAAGGACAAAGACGAGUUUCUCGCUGGAAAGGAAGACGGCUCUGCUCCCGAUGGUAGGGCCACUUUUCGGCCUGACUGCAGUUCCUUGGUUUAAGACUUGGUUAGGUCUCCGCGAGGACAUGGGCAUCCCUGAAAACGAGGACUUUCCUUUGCUGCCGAGUCGAGGGCUAGAAGGGGGUUGGGCUCCGGUCCCCCCUUCAGCUACGGUGGCCGCUGCAUGGCUCCGGGGGAUUCUUAUUUCUCGUGGCUUCCCUGAGGCACGCAAGCUCGGGACUCACAGCUGCAAAUGCACGUGUCUUUCUUGGCUGUCGAAGCACGGAGUUGAUCCUCUGCAUCGGCGUGUUUUGGGGUAUCACAAGGCCCCGCAGGAUGAGAUGAUGCACGUUUAUGGGCGUGACAAUGUUUCUCCAGCCCUGAGGUCGCUGGAGGCUGUCAUCCAGGACAUCAGACAAGGCCUGUUUUUGCCGGAUGUCACGCGGUCGGGUUACUUCCCGACCCAGCCGCAGAGGGAGCCUGGGCCUGAGUUCGUUGAGGAGCCAUCGGAAUCCGAAGUUUCGCUCGAUGAAGAGGACAAUGUGCAAGACUUGAGAGCAGAGGAAGCGGCCGCUGAUCAGGUUGUGCCGCCUUGGGCUGAACUUGUGGUUCAGGAUCCUGAUGCUCUGGUUUAUGUUCGCCAUAUAACUUCAAGGAAGUUGCACCGCCUCGCUGACGAGAGUGGGAAUCGGCUGAAGGGCAGCCGGAUCACUCGGCGCAUGGGUCGUGUCUUUGUGACGCAGCCGGAUAGACUCGGCUAUGCACUCACCGGUCCUCGCGGUGAAGUUAACCGGGGCACGCGGUUUUGGAUGGAAGUCAACCAUGACUUGAAAAUGUGGCUGUACGGACCAUUCGCCAUGGCCAUCACCGAGAGCAAGGCAAACUUUUCUUCCAGGGCGACGGCCUUGGGGUUGGCCGCUGACGUUUUGAAGAAGUUCACUGAUGCCGGCAUUGAUUGCAUGAGCAAAUUUGCCUUCAUUAGUGCGUUCGUGCCCGGCAACACUGACGAGUCCCCUUUUACCGAUGCAGUUGCUGGUGUGUUGGGGCGCGCUGCUAAUGUGGCAGAGUUGAGCGUGCUGCGCAGGCUUCUUCAUGAGAGCUACAACCUCACUGUCUCAGAGCUUCAGGUGCAGGUUGAACGAACGGAAGAUUCUGCUCCGAGGCGGUUGGCGGCUCCCGAUCGAGCCGAUAGGCUUCAGCGGCAACAAGUCAGGCUUGCUGGCUUGAACAUCCAUGGCCCUACUCUCCCGGGUCAUUCGGUCAUCGAUCGUUGUGUUCAGAUGUAUGAGGAUAAUUCUCUUUCAUACCUACCUUUGCAAUCUUGUCCCUGCCGGGAUGAUGAAGUGAAGUUCAAGAAGGACCGGGAUGACAAGAUGCUUGCUGUGGAUGGCACGGGGCACGUGUCUCUUAGGUCGCAAGCCGUGAAAGUGGAGGCCGAUGUGUCCACUGACCUUUUGCUUAAGCAUGCACUUACACGUCGUGGGCUUGCGCUGGACCAAGCUGGCAUUCUGAGCUUUGCGGAGCAUGAGCGUUGGUCUGAGGCGUUGUUUCAGGCUCGAUUUCGGGAUCCGCCCGACCAGUAUGCCCGUGUCACGCUCCAGCAACUCAUCCAGGCGGACAGGCAGGUUUUUGUUGAAGCAGCUGAUCGGACCCGCCAGGGGAUUCAGGUGGUGGCUUCCGGACGACCGGUCGAUCGCAUUUGGAGUGACGCCAUGUCUUGCAACAAUGUCACUCACUUGCUGCAACCCUUGCCCUUGCCUCCGCCAGCUCCUUUGCAUCCACGGCCUGGGCCCUAUGAUGACCGCAGGGGUUUGAAGGGUCGCGGUAGGGGUAAAGGGAAAGGUAAAGGCAAGGGAAAUGUUCGUAUGCCUGCUGAGCUGUCCGAUGGGGUGCCGGUCACCACCCGGGGCUUGCCCAUCUGCUUCGACCACAACUUGGGGCGGUGUCAGCGUACCGUCACUAGUGGCAAGUGCGAUCGUGGUCUUCACAUUUGUUGCAUCAAAGGCUCUGAGGCGCAGGUCCACGUGACUGAUGAUAAAGAUGUAGCACAGCUUGGUGAGGAGCUUGUGCUCUCUUCUUCCGAUGAUGAGAUCCCUGAAGGGGAGUCAUCACCGAAACAUGUCCCGUGCUCGGCCUCAGUUCCGCCUCAGCCGCUUUCCAGCAAUCCCGAAGCUUUUGCGUCUCAGCUGCUCAAGAAGCCGUGGCUUGAGGCGAGCGAUGUUUUGCAGCUUUUUGAGAUGUUGCCAAUGGCCGCGCCCCAGCGUGGAACUGAGGGCAAGGCCUUUGCUACCGGAGCGUUCGCUCGGGUCAAGGUCAAUGGCCAGCAGCAGAAGGGAGUUCUCUUGCCCGUGGGCGCCGGGCCCGUGCUCUUUGAUGCGCGUCGUGCUCUGCAUCUCACUGAGCCUUGGAAAGGCCGCCGUGUGGUCUUAGUGGCCUUUUCUAUCGGUGCAUUUUCGAGGCUGUCCGCCGAGGCUUCUGCCCGCUUGUCUGCCCUGCAGUCCCCAGCUCGCCAGCCCCGUGGGCGUCGUAUUCCUCCUGUCAUGCCUGAGUUCAAGCGUGUGCUCGUGUAUCAGGUUGCUGCGUUGCCCCAGGUGGAUCACAAGCGUCGCUUGCUGCAACCUUUGCGGGAUGCCCCGGCGGGCUCCAAGCUUAUCUCCUCGACGUCGUUGCUCUCUGAAGUGGGGUUGAGUAGCGCCUCGGAGACAACGGUUCAGGCAGAUGCCCUAGUCGUCGAUUCGAGCUCGUCUGAGUCAGGUGACACUGUGUCUCCAGUGGGUCCGGAUGACCAGGCCAGUGCGUGUUUUGAAGUGUCGCUGGGUGUGUAUGCUUCCCCCGAAGAAUUUGUGGAAGAAUGCCUGAACGUUGAGCAUCCCUUUGAUCAGCUGCAUGCUGCGCCUGAUGUGCUCAAACAGUGCCUUUUUGACAUGCUGACCAAAGGGCCUGCUUGGGUAGUGGAUCGUAGGGCGAAGCUGCUCAAGAAGUGGACCCAGUGGGCUCGCGACCUUGAGGCCGAGGAAGCUGGCCUUCGCAAGUCGUUGGACCCUGAGGUUGCAAAGGUGUUGCAAGGCAAAAGGCUCCUGCUUCUUGAGAAGAUUGCGUCGUCAAUCGGCUGGGUUGACAUGGGCGUUUUCGCUGAGCUUAGGAAGGGCUUUGAUUUGGUGGGGCAUGCAAAGCACACGGGAGUUUUCGCGCUUGUAAAAUCGUCGUCCGUGGAUCGCAAUGCGCGUGAGCUGUGGGAAAAGACGAUGCAGGAGAGCGCCGUUUUUCCCACUCUUUCCCUUCUCAAGCGUAGACCGAUCAGCUUGCUUGCGCAGUUGGUUGCCAAGAG